AAGCACAACACCAUCUUUUUACAGGCUGCUAUUAGAGCGGUAGCCUAAUUUCGAAUGCAUGAAAUAUGUCGGUACGUACGGUACGUUGCUCAGAUUAAGCCCAACGAACAUCUUUUGGUGAACAGCAGACCUAUCACGAACUCAUCUCCGGACUUAAGUUACAAAAAGUGAGACAGACAUGGAGAGGAAACGCAAGCUGACAUUAUAUCCAGAUAUGGCUGAACAUCUCAUGUGCACUAUCUGCUCCGACACCUUCGAUGAUCCCCGCAAUCUCGUAUGUGGGCAUGUGUUCUGCAAGAAAUGCCUGGAUAUUCUUGAUGAAAGUCAGCUAGGGUCGCCAUUGAAAACAUCUAUUUGUUGUCCCACUUGCAGUAGAAAGACCAAACUACGAGAGAGUCGAGUGAAUGGAUUUAGUCGAAACCUACCCAUCAGAAAGCUCUUACAUCAGGACUUGAGUGAAGAGCCAGGGCCUUCGGGUAAAAGACCCAAAAGAACUCCCACAUGCAAAACGCAUAACCAAGAGCGCAGAGACAUUUAUUGCAGCACCUGCCUGGUCUUCAUAUGCUUUAAGUGUUUCCAAGAAAAACACACCCAUCAUGUAACCAAGACAAGAAACGAAUUUCUGGGAGAGCUCAGUCAAAUGACUAAAGAUGCCAAACAGCGAUAUCAGGUUCAAUUAAAGACCUUGGAGAACAAUCUUCUUGAAGCUGAUCAGGGGGUAUCUAAGUUGAUUAUUCAUCAUAACAAUGCAAAGCAAUCAAUUGAAGACGAGUUUAAGGCUGAAUUAGCACAACUCAACAAAAACAUAACUUUCCGCUUGCAAUCAUUGACUAAAUCAACAAAGAAUUUGGAAUCAGAUGUUGCUCGGUUCAAAGAAAAGGGGAAACAUUUUAAACAGAGUCUGGCGAUUGCUGUUCCGAAGUUGGAAAGUAAGACUUUAGAGGAGCUAGAUGGCGAAGACCUCAAGUCCUACGUUAAAACUGUCGACACGGUGUUGAACCUUCUCAAGACUGACAUUGGUGUAGAACACUUAAAGCUCUGGAAUAAACUUUUGGUACCAUCUGCACCAUCUAGACCACAGCAUGGCUGUGUUCCAUCAACCAGUGGUGGAACCGCAGGACAGGCUCUCCAAAAGGUUUCUCCUAAGUCGAUUAACAAGCCCCUUUAAACAAGGUAUUUGUUGGGGUACCAAUCGGCGGUGGCUAUAUAGUGACGCUACGUAACUGUUUGUAGACUAAUGAAUGA